AUUCUCAUAUAAUUAGUCUUUAGGUUUUUACUAAUCACUUAUUAUACCGCUAGCCAUGGCUUUACAAACUGGAAUAGGCUUAGGCAGAAUAAUCUUUAUAGUUGGCGCUGGGUAUACUGGUACUGUACUGUUUCAAAACGGUAAAUUAUCUGAUGUAAUUGGCGAACUUCAGAACUUGAUAAAAAAUUAUGAAAAAUCAGGGGAGGCAGAUGGUGGAGAUUCGGAUGUUAUGGCUGCACAGGUUCGUAGGCUGGCAAUGGAGGUUCGACAAUUGGCUUCUGCACGAUCAAUUACUGUUCUAAAUGGAAAUUCUAGUGGUAACUUCACAUCUCUUAUCAUGCCAACUGCUGCAGUAGGGGCACUGGGUUAUGGAUAUAUGUGGUGGAAGGGUCUAUCAUUCUCUGACCUUAUGUAUGUUACCAAAAAGAGUAUGGCGGAUGCCGUUUCAAAUAUGACAAAGCACUUGGGGCAUGUUUCUGAGGCGCUUGCUGCAACAAAGAGACAUUUGACACAGAAAAUUGAGAAUGUCGAUGGGAAAUUGGAUGAUCAAAUGGAGAUGUCAAAACUAUUAAGGAAUGAGGUUAAUGAUGUGCGUGGUGAUCUAUCCGAAAUUGGUUGUGAUUUGGAUGAUUUACAGAGAAUGGUUUCUGGUCUGGAUGGCAAGUUACUUUCCUUGGAAGGCAAACAGGAACUUGCAAAUGCUGGUGUUAUGUACCUGUGCAAUGUAGUCAAUGGAAAAAGGGUGAAGAUGCCUGACACCCUUCAGGAACAACUCAAAAUUGUGGGCAACUCUACACCUAGUCUGAUGGGCCUUAAAGAACUUUCAGACUCUUUACCACAAGGAAAUUCCAAUAGGUAUCUAACUGACGGCAUCGCUGAAGAUGGUCCUGUUAAGUUAAAAGAUCCACCAAGACGCAUAAUGAGGACGGCUUCUACCAAGGGCUGAUUCACCCAUAUCGAAGGAAAUAUCAUUUAGAUGUUUCUGUUUUCCUAGUGUAUUGGGCACUGCUGGGGGAUUUUCUUUGGGGGUUGAAGAUGGGACUUUGUGUUGAACGGCAGUCUCUUCAAUUGCUGUUCCACUUAAUAUUACGAGCUAUUUGUAUCCAGAUGAUGGACCCUAUAUUUAUACCCGCACUGAUAUUUCAUCUGUGUACUCAGUAUACAUGUUUUGAGUCUCAAAUCAUAACAAUUGUACAUGAUGGAAUAAAAUAUGUGUCACUGGUUAGUAAGUGCAGCGGUGACACUGUUAGUUUGACAAGAAUUA